CGUCAGGGGCAGAAACUGAGCCGGCAAGCGAGCCGCCGCGGGUGGCUUUAUAACUGGACUCUUUUUGCUGUUUUGGAGCCGACCAUGGACUUACCGAGCGGCCAAAAGCGUCCGGACUUUGUCUCUUCUUGACUGAGCCGUGUUUCAUCUUCUGUUCUGACACCUUCUCCAUCCGCAGGAGCGGACUGAAAAGCUGAGAAAAAUGUCAGACAAGAUGUCUAGUUUCCUCCAUAUCGGGGACAUCUGCUCCCUGUAUGCAGAGGGCUCCACCAAUGGCUUCAUCAGCACCCUGGGCCUAGUGGACGAUCGCUGUGUUGUUCAACCAGAAGCUGGAGAUCUGAACAGCCCUCCGAAGAAGUUUCGCGACUGUCUCUUCAAGCUGUGUCCUAUGAAUCGAUACUCAGCACAGAAACAGUUCUGGAAAGCAGCAAAACCUGGCGGCAACAGCACAACUGACACAGUACUUCUCAACAAACUACAUCAUGCAGCUGAUCUGGAGAAGAAGCAGAAUGAAUCUGAGAACAGGAAGCUGCUGGGGACGGUGAUUCAGUACGGCAACGUUAUUCAGUUGUUGCAUCUGAAAAGCAAUAAAUACUUGACGGUAAAUAAGCGCCUACCUGCCCUGUUGGAGAAAAACGCCAUGCGUGUCACUCUGGACUCUGCUGGAAACGAGGGCUCCUGGUUCUACAUCCAGCCUUUCUACAAACUCCGAUCUAUUGGAGACAGUGUGGUGAUUGGAGACAAAGUGGUGUUGAACCCUGUAAAUGCUGGACAGCCUCUUCACGCCAGCAGCCAUCAGCUGGUGGACAAUCCAGGGUGCAACGAGGUGAAUUCAGUAAACUGCAACACUAGCUGGAAAAUAGUCCUCUUUAUGAAAUGGAGUGACAACAAGGAGGUCAUUCUGAAAGGGGGUGAUGUGGUGCGGCUGUUUCAUGCCGAACAGGAGAAGUUCCUAACGUGUGAUGACUACAGGAAGAAACACUAUGUCUUUCUUAGAACCACCGGGCGUCAGUCUGCUACUUCAGCCACCAGCAGCAAGGCACUGUGGGAAGUGGAGGUGGUUCAGCAUGACCCAUGUCGAGGUGGUGCUGGUUACUGGAACAGCUUGUUCAGGUUUAAGCACUUGGCCACAGGACACUACCUGGCUGCAGAGGCGAGUAGCGAGGUGAAUCCGGACGAUGAGGAGGAGUCUCAAGAGUCUCGUUCCUCACUGGACUUGGAGCAUGAGGCUUUACGAGCUCGUCUGCGCACGCCCAACGAGAAGGUCAUGUACACCCUCAUUUCUGUCCCUGACGGCAAUGACAUCUCCUCCAUCUUUGAGCUGGACCCUACCACCCUUAGAGGAGGGGAUUCCCUGGUACCCAGGAACUCGUAUGUGCGAUUGCGGCACCUGUGCACAAACACGUGGGUCCACAGCACCAACAACCCCAUCGACAAAGAGGAAGAAAAACCUGUCAUGCUUCGGAUUGGCACAUCUGCUGUCAAAGAAGACAAGGAGGCCUUUGCUAUCGUGCCCGUCCCCCCCGCUGAGGUCAGGGACUUGGACUUUGCCAAUGAUGCGAGUAAAGUGUUGGCGUCUAUUGCUGGUAAACUGGAGAAGGGCACUAUUACACAGAAUGAAAGGAGGUUUGUGACCAAGCUGCUGGAGGAUUUGGUGUUCUUUGUGGUGGACAUCCCCAACAGUGGGCAAGAUGUGCUGGAGAUUAUGGUAAACAAGCCGAACCGCGAACGCCAGAAACUUAUGCGGGAACAGAACAUCCUCAAACAGAUCUUUAAGCUCCUGCAGGCUCCGUUCACAGACAGUGGUGACGGGCCCAUGCUCCGAUUGGAGGAGCUUGGCGAUCAGAGACACGCACCUUUUCGGCACAUUUGUCGGCUGUGUUACCGAGUGCUCCGCCAUUCCCAGCAGGACUACAGGAAGAACCAGGAGUACAUUGCCAAGCAGUUCCGGUUCAUGCAGAAGCAGAUCGGCUACGACGUGCUGGCCGAGGACACCAUCACGGCGCUCCUACACAACAACCGCAAGCUGCUUGAGAAGCACAUCACUGCAGCUGAGAUUGACACCUUUGUCAGCCUUGUGAGAAAGAACCGUGAGCCGAGGUUUCUGGAUUACCUCUCUGAUCUGUGUGUGUCAAUGAACAAGUCCAUCCCGGUCACACAGGAGCUGAUUUGUAAUGCAGUGCUGGACCCAGCGAAUGCUGACAUCCUCAUCGAAACCAAACUUGUGUUAUCACGGUUUGAGAUUGAUACUCUGAACAUUGGAGAGCCUCCACUGGAGUCGGAGGAAGAUGUGGAAGAGGUCUGGUUGUUUUGGAAAGACAGCGGGAAGGAAAUCCGGAGCAAGAGCAUCAGGGAGUUGGCGCAGGAUGCCAAGGAAGGCCAGAAGGAAGACCAGGAGGUUGUCAGUUACUACAGAUACCAGCUGAACCUGUUUGCUCGCAUGUGCCUCGACCGCCAGUAUCUGGCUAUCAACAAAAUCUCAGGUCAGCUGGACGUGGACUUGAUUCUGCGCUGCAUGUCAGACGAGGACCUACCCUAUGACCUGCGCGCUUCCUUCUGUCGUCUCAUGCUGCACAUGCAUGUGGAUCGUGACCCCCAAGAACCUGUGACACCUGUGAAAUACGCCCGCCUGUGGUCAGAGAUCCCCUCUAAGAUCGCUAUCGAUGAUUAUGAUAAUGACGGCACCACCAGAGAUGAAAUUAAGGAACGUUUCGCUCUCACUAUGGAGUUUGUGGAGAAUUAUCUGAGAAUUGUGGUCUGUCAAAAUGUUCCCUUCUCAGACAAGGAGAAAAAUAAACUCACAUUCGAGGUUGUGAACUUGGCGAGGAACCUCAUCUAUUUCGGCUUCUACAGCUUCAGUGACUUGCUGCGACUGACCAAGAUCCUGCUAGCCAUAUUAGACUGCGUGCAUGUCAGCACGAUAUAUCCCAUCAAUAAAAUGGAGAAAGGCGAUGAGAACAAAGGGAGUAAUGUUAUGCGGUCUAUCCAUGGUGUCGGGGAACUGAUGACCCAGGUUGUGCUAAGGGGGGGCGGCUUUCUGCCCUCCACCCCGACAGCACCCCCGGAUGGAGAGGUGGGCAAGACCCAGACGGAGCCCGAGAAAGAGGACAUCCUGGUGAUGGACACGAAGCUGAAGAUCAUUGAGAUUCUCCAGUUUAUCCUGAACGUGCGUCUGGACUACAGGAUUUCCUGCCUGCUGUGCAUUUUUAAAAAAGAGUUUGAUGGAACCAACACUCAGACUGACACUCUGCCUAAUCCUAAUGCUAAUGGUAACACUAGUGCUAAUGCUGCUACUACUACAGCUACUGCUAAUGGGGAUGGUCCUAAUAGUAUACCAGCACUUGAUUUUGAGAAAAUCGAAGAGCAGGCUGAGGGGAUCUUUGGUGCAAGCGAGGAGAACACACCACUAGACCUCGAUGACCAUGGAGGCAGAACGUUCCUGAGAGUUCUUCUGCACCUCACCAUGCAUGACUACCCUCCGCUGGUGUCUGGGGCUUUACACCUCCUCUUCAGACACUUCAGCCAGAGACAAGAAGUGCUCAUGGCUUUCAAACAGGUCCAGCUCUUAGUGACUAGUCAGGAUGUAGAUAAUUACAAACAGAUAAAGUCUGACCUCGACCAGCUCCGCUCCAUUGUGGAGAAGUCCGAGUUGUGGGUGUACAAGCGCCAGGGGGACGACACGCUGGACGGAGGUGAUGGGCCAGCUGAAGCUGACCACAAAAAGAAGGGCGACGCAAGUGGCAUGGAGAAAAAUAAAACGGAGAGUACUAGCAGCUAUAAUUACAGGGUUGUCAAGGAGAUCCUGUUAAGGCUCAGCAAGUUGUGUGUUCAGGAGGGAGCAUCAGGCAAGAAAAGUAAGAAACAGCAGCAAAGGCUGCUGAGGAACAUGGGUGCUCAUGCAGUCGUGCUUGAGCUACUUCAGAUCCCCUAUGAGAAGGGCGAGGAUGUUCGAAUGCAGGAGAUCAUGAAACUGGCUCACGAGUUCCUCCAGAACUUCUGUGCUGGGAACCAGCAGAACCAAGCCCUGCUACACAAGCACAUUAACCUCUUCCUCAAUCCUGGCAUCCUGGAGGCCGUCACCAUGCAGCACAUCUUCAUGAAUAACUUCCAGCUGUGCAGCGAGAUCAACGACCGCGUGGUGCAGCACUUUGUGCACUGCAUCGAGACGCACGGCCGCCACGUUCAGUACCUCAAGUUCCUGCAGACCAUUGUCAAGGCCGAGAACAAGUUCAUCAAGAAGUGCCAGGAUAUCGUGAUGGCAGAGCUCGUGAAUGCCGGAGAGGACGUUUUGGUGUUCUACAACGACCGAGCCUCAUUCCAGACUCUGGUGCAGAUGAUGCGUUCGGAAAGAGACCGGAUGGACGAAAACAGCCCGCUUAUGUAUCACAUCCACUUGGUGGAGCUGCUAGCCGUGUGCACAGAGGGCAAGAACGUCUACACGGAGAUCAAGUGCAACUCACUGCUGCCCCUGGAUGACAUCGUCCGUGUUGUCACCCAUGAGGACUGCAUCCCCGAGGUGAAGAUCGCAUAUAUUGAUUUCCUAAACCACUGCUAUGUAGACACAGAAGUGGAGAUGAAGGAGAUCUACACAAGCAACCACAUGUGGAAGCUGUUUGAGAGCUUCCUGGUUGAUAUAUGCAGGGUCUGCAACAACACGAGCGACCGCAAACACGCCGACUCCAUGCUGGAGCGCUAUGUCACCGAGACGGUCAUGAGCAUCGUCACCACUUUCUUCAGCUCCCCCUUUUCCGAUCAGAGCACUAGUUUACAGACCCGUCAGCCGGUCUUUGUGCAGCUCUUGCAGGGUGUUUUCCGGGUGUACCACUGCAGCUGGCUCACGCCCACACAGAAGGCGUCAGUGGAGAGCUGCAUCAAAGUCCUCUCUGACGUAGCCAAAAGUCGGGCGAUCGCCAUUCCAGUUGACUUGGACAGCCAGGUGAACAACCUCUUUGUAAAAUCUAACAACGUCGUCCAGAAGACCAUCCUGAACUGGAGGAUGUCUGCUCGGAAUGCCUCCAGACGAGACUCUGCAAUGAGUGCAUCUAAAGACUACAGAAACAUCAUCGAGAGGCUGCAGGACAUUGUCUCUGCGCUGGAGGACCGUUUAAGGCCCCUGGUGCAGGCUGAGCUCUCCGUGCUCGUCGACGUCCUUCACAGACCCGAGCUGCUUUUCCCCGAGAACACUGAGGCUCGGAAGAAGUGCGAGAGCGGAGGCUUCAUCUCAAAGCUAAUAAAACACACUAAGCAGCUGUUGGAGGAAAAUGAAGAGCGUUUGUGCAUUAAGGUUCUUCAGACUCUCAGGGAAAUGAUGACCAAAGACCGGGGUUAUGGCGAGAAGGGAGAAGCUUUAAGGCAAAUCCUUGUAAACCGUUACUAUGGCAACUUCAAACCAGGAGGACGGCGGGACAGCCUGACCACCUUCAGUAACGGACCCCUGAGUCCUGGAGUACAGAGUAAAGCUCCAACAGCAUCCUCUGGAUGUGUGGUGGGAGCCCGAGGGGAGCUGAGUCUGGCCGAGGUCCAGUGUCAUCUGGACAGAGAGGGAGCAUCUGACCUGGUCAUCGACCUCAUCAUGAACGCCACCAGCGACCGUAUCUUUCAGGAGAGCAUCCUGUUGGCCAUCGCUCUGCUCGAGGGAGGAAACCCAGUCAUACAGAGAUCGUUCUUUAUUAGGUUGACGAGGGACAACAAGUCGGAGAAGUUCUUCAAGGUGUUUUAUGAGCGGAUGAAGCUGGCCCAGCAGGAGAUCAAAGCCACCGUGACCGUCAACACCAGCGACUUGGGCAGCAAGCGUAAAGACGAGGACGCAAACGACAAGGAGGCACCGACCAAAAAGAAAGUAAAGGAUGUUGCCGUGGUCACAGAAGAGGUGCGCGAGCAGCUCCUGGAAGCUUCCACAGCCACAAAGAAGGCUUUCACUGCGUACCGACGGGAGGUGGACUCGGACGAGCAUCUGGGUGGGGGUGAAGUCCCGACCAGCUCAGGGGAGAAGAACCAAGACGAGAACGAGAUGAGCGUCACCAUCACCAUCAUGCAGCCCAUCCUGCGUCUGAUGCAGCUGCUCUGCGAAAACCACAACCGCGAGCUCCAGAACUUCCUGCGCUGUCAGAACAACAAGAACAAUUAUAACCUGGUGUGUGAGACACUGCAGUUCCUUGACUGCAUCUGUGGCAGCACCACAGGAGGCCUGGGUCUGCUGGGGCUCUACAUUAAUGAGAAGAACGUGGCUCUCAUCAACCAAACUGUGGAGAGCCUCACUGAGUACUGCCAGGGUCCCUGCCAUGAGAACCAGAACUGCAUCGCCACUCAUGAGUGCAAUGGCAUUGACAUAAUCAUUGCACUCAUUUUAAAUGACAUAAACCCUUUGGGCAAGAAGAGGAUGGACCUUGUGCUCGAGCUGAAGAAUAACGCUUCCAAGCUCCUUCUGGCCAUCAUGGAGAGCCGUCAUGACAGUGAGAACGCAGAGCGGAUCUUGUACAACAUGAGACCUAAAGAACUGGUGGAGGUGAUAAAGAAGGCGUACAUGCAAGGAGAGGUGGAAGUAGAACACACCGAGGAGGACGGGGAGGGUGAGGAAGAGCAUGCCGCCUCCCCGCGCAAUGUCGGCCACAACAUUUACAUCCUGGCCCAUCAGCUGGCGAGACAUAACAAGGAGCUGCAGGCCAUGCUGAAAGCAGGAGGAACGUACGGUGAGGGUGACGAAGCCCUGGAGUAUUAUGCCAAACACACAGCUCAGAUAGAGAUCGUGCGCCUGGACCGCACCAUGGAGCAGAUUGUCUUCCCCGUGCCCAACAUCUGCGAGUUCCUCACGCAGGAGUCCAAGCUGCGUGUGUACUACACCACGGAGCGAGACGAACAGGGCAGCAAAAUCAACGACUUCUUCCUGCGCUCUGAGGACCUCUUCAAUGAGAUGAACUGGCAGAAGAAACUGCGAGCUCAGCCCAUUCUGUACUGGUGCUCAAGAAACAUGUCCUUCUGGAGCAGCAUCUCCUUCAACCUGGCCGUCCUCAUGAACCUGCUCGUGGCCUUCUUCUACCCGCUAGAGGGGGUCCGCAGAGGAACUCUCGAGCCUCAUCUGUCGGCAUUGUUGUGGGCAGCUAUGUUGGUGUCUCUUGCCAUCGUGAUUGUGCUGCCACAGCCUCACGGGAUCCGAGCGCUAAUUGCGUCCACCAUCCUGCGACUCAUCUUCUCUGUGGGCCUUGAACCCACGCUCUUCCUGCUCGGGGCGUUCAAUGUGUGCAAUAAGGUGAUCUUCCUGAUGAGUUUUGUGGGAAAUCGAGGGACGUUCACACGAGGUUAUAAGGCCAUGAUCAUGGAUGUGGAGUUCCUGUACCACCUCCUCUACCUCAUCAUUUGCAUCCUAGGGGUCUUUGUUCAUGUCUUCUUCUACAGCCUGCUGCUGUUCGAUCUGAUCUACCGGGAGGAAACUCUGCUGAAUGUGAUAAAGAGUGUGACAAGGAACGGGCGCUCGAUUGUGCUCACCGCUGUACUCGCGCUUAUCCUUGUCUAUCUGUUCUCCAUCGUCGGCUACAUCAUCUUCAAGGACGAUUUCAUUCUGAAUGUCGACCGAAUCCCUAAUAAAACACUCGAGCAAACCGCCACGAUGAUGAGUGAGUUCCUAUCCGGUGGGGUUUGUCAGAAAGAAGGCGGCGGAGAGAACUGUUCAGUCGAGGCCACAGUGGAAUCUGUGGCAGCAGUGGUGGUGGAGGAUAAGGAGCGAACGUGCGACUCUUUACUCAUGUGCAUCGUGACCGUACUCAGCCACGGCCUCCGUAGUGGCGGUGGAGUCGGGGACGUGUUACGAAAACCUUCUAAAGAGGAGCCGCUGUUUGCAGCCAGGGUGAUCUACGACCUGCUCUUCUUCUUCAUGGUCAUCAUCAUCGUCCUAAACCUGAUCUUUGGUGUCAUUAUCGACACCUUUGCUGAUCUAAGAAGUGAAAAGCAGAAGAAAGAGGAGGUCCUCAAGACCACUUGCUUCAUCUGUGGCUUGGAGAGGGACAAGUUUGACAACAAGACAGUAACGUUUGAGGAGCACAUCAAGGUGGAGCACAACAUGUGGCAUUACCUGUUCUUCAUUGUGCUGAUUAAAGUGAAGGACUCGACCGAGUACACGGGACCUGAGAGCUAUGUUGCCGAGAUGAUCAGGGAGCACAACCUGGACUGGUUUCCUCGGAUGCGGGCGAUGUCACUGGUGAGCAGUGAUGCGGAGGGCGAGCAGAAUGAGAUCAGGAACCUGCAGGAGAAAUUAGAGUCCACCAUGAAACUGGUCUCCAAUCUCUCCAGCCAGCUCACUGAACUGAAAGAGCAGAUGACUGAACAGCGUAAGCAGAAGCAGAGGAUCGGACUCCUCGGACAUCCUCAACACAUGAAUGUGAACCCUCAACAACCUGCCUAAGUGUGCGUGUGUGUGUGUGUGUGUGUGUGUACUUGAACUACCAUGCUACCUUAGAAGUAGACCUGCAAAACUCCUUCCAGAUUUACGCACACGCCACUAAUCUCAGUAAGGGGAAAAAAAUAAUAAUUACAUAAACGUGAAGAGUUUGUGCCCCUCGGCGCCUCUGUCAGGUUGGUACAGUAAUUAUGGCAGAGGACACCUGAAUUUGGGGCAACACUGGACAUUAUGACUAGUUAUAGAUGCUGCUUGGAGAAGUGUUAAAGAGGUGUCUCUUUUUGUAUUUCCUAACUGGUAUAGCAAGCAGUAUUUAAUGUCUUAUUUUUGUAUUUUGUGCAAUAUUACUACUUUAAUAUGCAAACUUUUGUUGAGCUGUCCAAUGUGUCUUAAAGGGAUGAUAAUCAUCUCUUAUGUUAAAUGCUUUCAUCCUCCUGGCCCUUUUCUUUCUCAGCUUCAUGAUUGUACCGGAACGCUGUAGACUCAUAGUGUCCAACUUAUAGAGUCAACUUAGCAAGAAUUCUAAUAGCCAUCAGGUUGCAUUUAUGGGCCUUUUUUUUUUCCCUUUUCUUAUUUAUUAAUUAUUUAUAUAAAAAAAUU